AUGCAUGUUCCCUCGUUCUUGGGUCUCUUGACCUCUUGUCUUUCGUUAUGUUCCGUCUCACUCGCCAUCCCUACAGAGCGCCGUGCGACCAACGACAGCUCCGCCGAUGUUCAGACGUACUUCAACCUCGACGGCGCCGCCCACGGCGAUAAGUCCAAGUCCCUGACCGCCGACGGCUACCGCGUCAUCUCGCUGAGCGCAUACGGCACGGCCUCGAACGCAAACUACGCUGCCGUCUGGGUGAAGCGUGAAGGGGACCCCUUCGAAACCAUCUACGACGCCGACGAAUCCACCUACAACUCCUGGUUCGACUCGUGGAAAGCCAAGGGCUACGUCUCGACACACGUCUCCGCCACGGGGCCGGCCGGCAGCGCCGUCUUCGCGGGCGUCAUGGAGAAGAAGGCCAACACCGCCACCAAGUGGGCUCAGGUCUGCGGCAUGACAUCCCCCUACGCCUACGAGAACGCGACCGCCGGCGUCCCGAUGCUCAUCAAGGACUUCCGCAUGUACGGAACCCCCGCGGACCGAAGGUACUGCAUCCUCGGCCACGAGAACAUCGGAAACCAGCUCUCCACCAUCUUCUACACCACAAACUACUCCAUCGACUACCCGGAGGUCUACUCCUCGGAGCUCCAGAAGCGCUUCUGGCGCCCCGCUCACCUCUUCGUGUCGGACGACCACGUCAUCACGCCGCAGUUCGUCGACACCGAGGUCGGCGAGUGGGUGGCCAAGGACGGCCUCACCGGACCCGAGCUCGCCGCCGAGAUCAAGACGCAGAACGCCCGCGGCCUCCACCCCAUCUCCCUCCACGGCGGCGUCUCCGGCGCGGACGCCCGCUUCGCCGUCAUCUUCGCCGAGACGGACGUCCCCGAGGCCCGCAAGUGGUCCGCCACGGGAUCCAUCACCGGCUUCCAGGACAACGACUUCGCGACGACGGCCUUCGACUCGACCAUGCAGACCUGGAUGAAGAAGAACGGCGUCCGGCAGGCGCAGAUCGCCGUCGCGCUCAACGGCACCGCCAUCGCCGAGCGCAGCUACACCUGGGCCGAGGCCAACCGCGCGGUCGUGCAGCCCGACGACGUCUUCCUCCUCGCGAGCGUGAGCAAGAUCUUCGUCCACGCCGCCGUCUUCAACCUCGUCGAGGCCGGCCUGCUCAACUACUCCACCCCGGUCUACCCGCUGCUCGGGUACGAGCACCCGGCCGAUCCGCGGGCGAACGACAUCACCGUCGACCACCUCCUCCGCCACGCCUCGGGCUACAACCGCGACAAGUCCGGCGACGUGGCCUUCAUGUUCCGCGAGGUCUCCUUCGCGCUGUUCAACGGCACCCGCGCCGCCACGCUGCGCGACAUGAUCGAGUACCAGCUCACCAAGACGCUCGACUUCGACCCGGGGACGGACUACUCCUACUCCAACUACGGCACCAUGCUGGCCUCGUACGUCGUGAGCAACGUCACCGGCGUGCCCUACCUCGACUUCCUCAGGGACAACGUCCUCGACGGCCUCGACGUGAGGCUGUACGAGACGGCGGCCGCCAAGCACGCCGACGACCGCGUCGUGCAGGAGAGCAGAUACACGGGCUACGACCCGGUGGACCCGGACGCCUACCGCAAGGUGCCCGGGCCGCACGGGGGCGACGGCGCGAUCAAGGAGGAGUGCGCGGGCGGGUUCUCGCUGGCGGCCAGCGCGGGCUCGGUCGCGCGGUUCAUCGGGUCCCACGCCGUUGCCGGGACCGGCGGGCGCGCGGUGUACGCCGAGCGCGACGGGACCGUCGUCGGUGCGAGGGCGUUCGCGUCGAGUCGGCCGGAUGUGGACUGGGCGUUGACGCUGAACACGCGGGAGUAUAUUUCCGAGGCGGAGUUUGAUGAUUUGAGAUAUUGGAAGAUACCCUUUGUUUUUGAGGAUCUGAAGCUAGCAUAG